UGUUUCUGUUAAUCUUAUUCUAACAAGUGGAAGUCAUUAUUAUAUUUAAUUUUAUCGGUGUCCUUAGCAAUAAUUUUUGUAUAACAAUCUAAAACUCCGCAAUUAAUAGUUUUUUCCAGCAUAUUUAUAAUACUUUAUGUACAAUAGCUUAUACUGAUAUAUGCAUGAACUUAUGUAGUAAUAUGCGUUCUAUUCGUAAUAUACAUAUUAACCGAUGGCUUGACAUAUCAUUCAUUUUAAUCAAAUUUGCAAUAUUUUAUAACGAGUGUAAUAUUAUAAAUGCAAAGGCCAUUGUUGGAGAAAAUGUUCGACAAGCGGAAGAGCUCGAAUUUCCUUAUGUUGUUGCAUUAAUGAAAAUUCCCGAAGAAGGUCCUCAACUUCCAAAGCAUCUUGUUUGCACAGGGACUCUCAUCACAUCGCAAGAUGUCUUAACUGCCGAACACUGUGUUAUAGCUUGUUACCCAAUAGGCAUUGAAAUAAUAGUCGAUUCUAUUGACUUAUUAGAUGGUAAAAAGCAUUUUCCAUUAUGGUGGGUGACGUACAAUCAUUGGGCUUUGAAUAAUGAUGUAAAACUUGAGUAUGCAACAAAUGAUAUUGCCAUAGUUAAGUUAUCGGAAAAUGUGCCCGGUCAUAUUAAACUUGCGUCUAUUGCCACAACUUUUGAUAAAAGUAUGUUUGAAUCGGAUAUUCAAAUAGUCGGCUGGGGUAAGACGAAUAAUGGUAAAAUUCCCAGAAAAUUGCAGGCAGCCAUUGUAAAUCUUGUACCACUCCGUGUUUGCAAAAAUACCAUAUUUAGAUUAAGUGGAGUGAAACGCCCAAUACACAAAAAGCGUUUGUGUUCUGCAACACAGCCAUAUACAAUAAUGGAUAAUGGUGACAGCGGUGGGCCACUUUUGUUUAACGAUAUUGUUAUAGGCGUUAAUAAUGGAGUGUGGCCAGAGUUGAAUUCAACAUUCCAUCCAGAACAAGUAAAUUUUCAUUCCAGUACUUUUUUCUACAAGGACUUUAUCCUAGAUGUUAUAGAAAAGUUUAUAAUAAAGUACUGAAUUGUAAUUUGUGCGAGUAUUAUAAAUAAAAUAUUUAUCGGUA